AUGGCCAGGCCGCGGCGGCGACGGAUACUCAUCGCGUCUCUCCUGACUGGAUGCCCCACGUCCGCCCCAGGCGCCGAGGAGGAGCCAGCGACCGACGACGAUGGAGUCGCGAUCGCGCCCGAGGUCGCCGGGGAAUCUGCAGCGAAGCGGACACGCAGCCGCCGCGCGCUCGACGGCUUCCCGGAGGAGAUCCUCGUGUGGGAGAUCUUCGUCCGCCUUCCGGCCAUGGAUAUCCUCCGCUGCCGCGCGGUGUGCCGCUCCUGGCGCGGCCUCGCCUCCGGCGCCAACUUCCUCCUCGCCCACCAUCGGCGGCAGCCCUCGCUACCCCUCGUCACGGUCAGUAAAGGUACAGAGGCCGGCCUCCCAGUCUUGGACCGGGGCCGCAGCCGCUCUGUCCUCGGGUUUGACGACUACUUUAGCUUCAAGCUGCACGCCUCCUGCGACGACCUUCUUGUGCUCAGCCGAUCUGACGGUCGCUUCAACAUCUGUAAUCCGGCCACACGCCAAUGCGCUCCCCUCCCGGGCCUCACUGCCGCCGCCGGCGAUAUCAACAUCGUGGCGCUCUACCUAGACGGCCUGUCCGGUGAGUACCACGUCCUAUACUGGAAAGAGGAACAUUUUAAUGGCAGAUACCAUGUCGAAGAAACACAUUACUACGUCCUUACGGUGGAGUGGAGGGGCUGGCCGAGGUACAUUGGAGUUCCUUCAGAUAACCUUGAGAUGAAGAAAGCUAUGUUGGCCGGGGACCAAAUGGACACUACUGAUUUAGCCCCGCCCGUCAUGUUCGGCAGCUGCCUUCACUGGGUUCCUGGUUGGUUUCGUUGUGAUGGCAUAGUGGUUUUCGACACGGUGGUCGAGUCAUUUAGGACCAUGAGCCUCCCGGCUGGUGCUACCAGCUUCUGCAAUCGCUUGUGCGACAUGGAAGGUUCGAUCGGCUUCAGUUGUCUUGACGACAUGAUAGGAGCCGUCAGAAUCUGGGUGUUGGAGGACUAUGAGAGGGAGGUAUGGUCAUUCAAGUACCAUGUUGAAUUCCACAUACAAAAACUGUGUCACCUUCGGAAUAUGCAACAUAUCAUUUUGUCCAACAAGGGAGAUGUGCUUGUCUACAGUUGGUCUUACAUGUACCACUGUGAUAACACCGGCAAGUUACUGGAGGAGUUCCAAUGGGAACCCGGGUCAUAUGGUUUGGAUUUUGUUGGACACAUGUUCAAAGAAAGUCUUGUCAAGCAUGACUUCUUCUCGAGGCGAGGUGCUGCCUGGGGCGUUGGACAACCAGAUUAUUUCGAAAGACUCUAAAGAUACCUUAACAUACCGGUGAUUCAGGUGAUUCCAGACCAACACCUAUGUUGUUAAGGAGGACUUCGCUACAACAUGAAGAUUAGCAUGGCUACACUACAUCAGCUGGACCAGGACUUGACGACGGAUGUGCUGCCGCAAAGAUUCAGGCCUUAGUGCUCCCAUCUCUGUGUAUAUCAAGGACCAAUGGCUUUCUUCCUGUCGUGUCGUUGGAGAGUCACACAUAUUUGUAUGUGGGUUAGCAUCCUGUUUGAUUUUUUUGUCAGCAAAUUACGCACG